AGCAUGAAAGUCUUGUUAGUUAUUUUGCCUUUGGCUUUUGCAUUGGCUAGCGCCAAUGGAAACACGACCACAUCCUCUUCGGAUGAAUAUUUACCCGAGAACAUUAUUACUAAUGGAUAUGCAGCCGGCGAUGGCAAAAUACCCUACAUUGUCAGUCUGAUAUUAGGAACAGAUGACAGCAGCAGUGUCGCAGUAUGCGGAGGCACUAUCAUUGCCAACAAUUGGGUUCUGACUGCCGCCCAUUGCUUAACCACAGACUAUGUGGACAUUCACUAUGGCUCCGAUCAGCGAGGCAGCGGACAAUUUAAGCACAGAGUGAGAAGCAACAACUUCAUUCGUCACAAUCUCUGGCUGAAUUCCAAUGGCAAUGACAUUGGCCUGAUACGCACACCCCGCGUGAGAUUCACUUCCAAAGUCAACAGGGUCAAGCUACCAAAAUCUAAACAGCAGGUCGGAGAUAGCUUAGAAAACCAGUGGGCUGUUACCUGUGGUUGGGGUGUACAGGCCAAUGGACAGAUGGCUAACAGGCUGCAAUGCGUCGAUCUAGAGAUCAUGACUAACGAAGAGUGCUCAAAGAGUUAUAGCGUUCUCCCUAAUGGCAUACUAUGUGGAAGGUCCACUGACGGAAAAUCUACCUGUGCCGGUGACUCUGGCGGUCCGUUGGUAACCCGCAAUGAUCGCACCUUGGUUGGAGUAGUAUCAUUUUUUUCAGGAGCUGGCUGCAUGGCGGGUGACCCAGUUGGUUUCACACGAGUGACUGCCCACUUGGACUGGAUACGACAAAACUCUGGAGUUGUUUACUACUAAACAAAACAAUAUUUUCAUUAGAAAAUGUGAAAAGCUAAUAAAGGGGCAGUCUACAUAAA